GAGACUGAGCAUACUUUAAGGAACAAGUUUUUUACCCAGGAUCACCUGAUGAUGAUGCUACACAGAAUCAUAGAUUAGAAGACUUCUGAGAUUUUCAAGUCCAAUCGGUGACCGAACACCACCAUGUCAACCAGAGCACGGCACUCAGUGUCAUGUCCAGUCUUUCCUUAAACUCCUCCAGGGACAGUGACGCCACCCUUGGGCAGCCCCUUCCAAUGUCUAAUCGCCAGUUCUGUGAAGAAAGUCCUCCUGAUGUCCAACCUAAACCUCCCCUGGCGCAGCAGACCGGUAGCACGGGAGUCAGGACUGGGAGCCUUCCAUGCGGAGCCCAUAUCCACGAGGACAUCCCGGAACAGGCGCCCCGCUCUCCCGUUACCUGCCCGCAUUCCGCGGGUCGCCAUGGGAACGGGCGCGGCGCGGGGCAUCCCGGGCCGCAACAGAACGCUGCAGUAAAACCCGGCCGGGCGCCGCGCCGCAGCCAAUGGGCGUUCAGGGAACGGCAGCACUGGCCAAUGGGCGCCCGGGAGGCGGUGCCGGUGGCCAAUGGGGGGCGGCCGGCGCGCAGGGGGCGGGGCAGGGGCGCUGCGAGGCGCGCACGGAGCAGAGCGCAGCGCCGUCCGCUCUGCAGCGCCCGAACGGCAAUCAUGAGUGAUCGAAAGGCAGUGAUCAAAAAUGCGGACAUGUCAGAAGAGAUGCAGCAAGACUCGGUGGAAUGUGCAACUCAAGCCUUGGAGAAAUACAACAUUGAGAAGGACAUCGCUGCUCACAUAAAGAAGGAAUUUGACAAGAAAUACAAUCCCACGUGGCACUGCAUCGUGGGAAGGAAUUUUGGCAGCUACGUGACUCAUGAGACCAAGCACUUCAUCUACUUCUACCUCGGCCAAGUCGCUAUUCUUCUUUUCAAGUCUGGCUAGAGCCUUGGACUGUUACUGAAACUUGCACUUGGGUACAGGACUGCACACUGAUUCCCACCUUCAGCCUUCCUGGGGAAAUACAUCUUGAUCUUCAGGUCUUUUGUUGUGUUGUUAAUGGUCAGGGAUUUUGCUGUAGCGGCUGGUAUUUUCAUUGUGGCUAUAUAGAGAAGCAAAAAUGUCUUCCUUGUAUUUAUUUUCUUUCAAAAGAUGGCUUCUUUGCUAAUAAAACCGUUGGAACAAGUUUA